UAAUGAUGAAAGAUCCUUGUCUGGAUUAUCUAAUAACAACGGUUUUUAUUAAAAUACUUUUACAGAAUACGUCUUUCUUAAGGAUUUUUGCCCUCGGGGUGAGUUUCUGAAUGAUACGGUCGAAUUUGUGCUGCGGUCGCGCUUUUUGUCUUUAAGAGAACAUGAAUGUGAUGUUACAAAACAGCUUCGUUCAGAACAAACCAGUAGAAUCUGUUCAUGUUUACAAAUGUCACAGCACGGCUCUGAGAGUGAAAUCUGGGAUUAUAAGCCUCUUAAGAAAACCAAAAAACGAAGCUGCAAAUCACAGACAAGAAGAGAAUAUGGGACAAAGAGGAGAAAAGAUAGCAAUCCUGGGACAUCAGUGCAAAAAACAGAAGUCAACAGUGCUGAAACACACACUGGUUUAGACCAGAAUGGCAAUAAUGCUCCUGUUAACACGGUGAACUCAGGAUCCCUGGACGUGAAUCAUGUGACACUUUCUCAGGAGGAUGUCCAGGAAAAAGACCCUCAGUCAGGAGGCUUCUGUCCUGUCUGCCAAAUGCCAUUUUCCCUCUUGGUGGUUCAGUCUCAACAAUGGCACGUUGCAGAAUGCUUAGAUAACCCCAGUGACAACUGUAAAGAAUGUCCAGAUGGUCUUCAUUGUACGUCCUUCAUUCCCAAUCACUACAAGAGAUACAGCCACUCUCUACUCGCUGAGAGUCGAGCGCUAAAUGACUGCACAACCCAAGCCAUCUCAGACUUCAGCUUGAAGUCCGUUAAUAAUGUUGCACCAGCAUCUGGUACAGAGAGCUCAGUGGACAGCACUGUGAAUGUAUCUGCUUCAUCCAGCCAAAGUUCAUCUCCUGGUGAUGGACCAAAGGGAACUCCCACCCAGAGUAACGCUCUGCUGCUUUUGCGCUCCCCUAAUACUGAAGAUAUCAAGAAAAAGAAAGGUUGGUCUCCCUCCGUCAGAAGCUCUCAAUCCCAGAAUUCCUCACAGGAAUCUAGAAUGAAGAAUUCAACUCCAGUUAAAGCACAUUGUUUUGACAAUGCUGUUCAAACACAGACUAAUGAAGUUAAAGCCGAGCUCUUUGCAUGUAAUGAUGAUGAUUAUAUCUCCUACUCCCCACUCUCUGAACUUCCAAAUUUGGAUCAGGAGCACAGAACUCAAAAAACUAAUAUGGAGACUCCCAGUACUGCACUGCAGGAAAAUGAAAAUGAGGUUGAUGAUGAUGAUUCUCUUAAACUGUUCAGCGAUGAAGAUGAUGAUCUGUUGUAUAAUAUGCUGGACCAAUAUGAGACAGGGAGCAUGGAACAUGGACCACACAAAAACUCAUUAGACACCUGUGAGAAACUGCACACAUCGUUAGCACCCAAUGAUCACCUGACUACUUCCAGCUCCACAGGUGUUUCUGAUGGAACAUUUCGGCAUGGACCUCGAUCAAUAGGAAAAGAAUCCGCAACAAAUCCAAACUCCCAGCAGUCGCCUCAAAGUGUGGUAUUAGAGUGUCUUCGGGAGCGCAUAUCUAAUCCUGUACAUACCAACAGUUUCAUAAACCAAGAGUUGUCUUCCACCCAAACAACCCCAACUCAGAAAACACCGUCUAUGGCUCCUAGGAGAACUCAGACUAAGGCAGGUCCCUCUGGAUUAAAGCAAACUGACAUUGGGGUGUUUUUUGGCUUGAAGCCAUUGAAAGAAAAAAAGGCUGAGGAGGAAGUGAAGGCAACGGUCAGAGAGACCGAUCAGCAAGGGUCUAGGAGAGCAAGGAUUUCAGAAGCUCAGGGGGAAGACGCUAAGCUCCAGGGUAGAAGGCGUAGGAAGAGCAAAGCUCCAUCUGAAGUGUCCAGUGUCUCGCCUGCUGCAGAAGAUGGUACGACUCGGCCCACGCAAACACAAGGAAAGCGAGGAGUGGGGGCAGAGAGGCAGAAAAGAUGGAACAGAGGAAGAGCAACAGAUGGAGGUCCCCAGGAACCCAAGCGGUGUCCAUUCUACAAGAAAAUUCCUGGAACUGGUUUUGCUGUGGAUGCUUUUCAGUAUGGGGUUGUUGAAGGUGUCACAGCUUACUUUCUCACUCACUUCCACUCGGACCACUACGGUGGCUUGAAAAAAGACUCGGUUUUACCCAUCUACUGUAACAAAAUAACUGGAAACCUGGUGAAGAGCAAGCUGAAGGUGGGUGAGCAGUAUGUUCAUGUUCUCCCAAUGAACACCGAGUGUGUGGUGCAAGGAGUGAAGGUCACUCUCCUGGAUGCUAAUCACUGUCCCGGGGCAGCCAUGUUGCUAUUUGUUCUGCCAGAUGGCCAGACGGUACUCCACACAGGUGACUUCCGGGCUGAUCCGUCCAUGGAGCGCUACCCAGAGCUGCAGGGUCUCAGGAUACAGACCCUCUAUCUGGACACCACGUACUGCAGUCCUGAGUAUACGUUUCCCACUCAACAGGAAGUCAUCACCUUUGCCGUAAACACUGCUUUCGAACAGGUCACACUGAACCCUCGUACACUUGUGGUUUGUGGCACCUACGCAGUUGGGAAAGAGAAGGUUUUUCUAGCUGUAUCAGAAGUGUUGGGCUCUAAGGUGUGUUUGUCCAAGGAUAAGUAUAACGCCAUGUGCUGUCUGGAUUCAGAGGAGAUUGGCCAACGCAUCACUACAGACUGGCGGGCGGCCCAGGUGCAUGUACUUCCCAUGAUGCAGCUCAAUUUCAAAAACCUGCGGACACACUUGAAUAAGUUCUCCAGGCAGUAUGACCAGCUAGUGGCGUUCAAGCCCACAGGGUGGACCUUCAACCAAACUGUAAGGGUGGAAGACAUCCAGCCUCAGACUCAAGAGAACAUCAGUAUCUAUGGCAGAGGUAUUCCCUACAGUGAGCACAGCAGUUUUCUUGAGCUGAAGCGUUUUGUGCAGUGGCUGCAGCCGAAAAAGAUCCUUCCCACGGUGAAUGUGGGCAGCUGGAGGAGCAGGAAAGCCAUGGAGGGCUUCUUCCGUGAGUGGCAGACUGAACCCAAAAACCUCAGCUCAACAUCAUGUGCCCUGAGAAACUCAAGGCAAUAAAGUAAAAUGACAUCCACAAUCCAACCUUUGGCCAAACAGACAAACGGUGCCUUUAUUGAUCGGACCAGUAUUACUCAGUGGACCAUUUCAAAUGAAGAGCGAUUUGGACUGACUCUCACGUUUGGAAAAGAAAUUGGUCAUUCUUCCAGCCUGCUUUUUUAACUGCUGUUUUUUGAUUGUUAAUAAUAUUGCCUUUUAGGAAUGGCUCCCAUUGCUGGUGGCUAAUGCAAGAAUGGACCACAUAUGCCCUCUUAUUUUAGUAUUUUAUAUAUUGAAGUGUUUUUAAAGGAAAUAAAUUCUAUCGACUUUAAA